UAUAAUAUGAUAGUAAAAAGUUUAUCCAUCUUCAAAUGUAACGGAUUACCCGAUAUCGGUCUAAUGGUAAAAAAUAAAAAAGCUCAUGGUCUAUCAAUAAAGGUACAACCUUUUAACUUAUGUUUAAACAUAUGAUCAAAUAUAAAUUGUAUAAGUAAAAGGAAUUACAAAAACAAUUUCAUACCGAUUUAUAAAUUAAGAUAAUAUGAUGUCUCGGUCUGUACGAGCAGAAACUCGAAGUAGAGCAAAAGAUGACAUUAAAAGAGUUAUGCAAGUGGUUGACAAAGUUCGACAUUGGGAAAAAAAAUGGGUUACAAUAGGGGAAACUACAAUGAAAAUUUACAAAUGGGUUCCCAUAUCAACAUUAGAUCAAAAGAAGAAAAUUAAAUCAUCGAUGGAAAAAGAAAAUGGCUUGGCAAGAAAAAGUGGCAUAGAUUCUUCAAAUUCUAAUUUUGGACUUACAGAAGAUUCAAAUACAUGCUUCUCUACUGUUAGUGAUUCUCAAGGAUUGACAGACUUUUCAGUUCAUUUAGGAUUUUCAGAAGAUUCGAAUUCUCAAAAUAGUGAACCUAUGCCCAAAAGAUUAAAGACUGAAUAAAAUUAUACUUUGUACAAUUACAAAUUAAUUAAGUAAUGAAUGAAUUUUUCAAUGUGUGAAUCAUAAAAUAGACGAAUGACAUAAGUUGAAAGUUUGAUUAACUUUCAAUACAUUUAUAUUUAGUGAUAUUUUUACAAAUAAAUUGGCUUAUCUAUAUAUG